AUCAUCCAUACCAUCAAAUCCUAAAGCACAUAACAACUGAAAAAAACAAACACCUUUCUAUCUUCUUUGUUUGGUUUGGCAAUGGAUCUAGCCAAACACACAAGACUUCAAAUAUUGGGAUGCAUACUCAUGGCAUCACUUGCAUUAACAAUGGCUGAUACACCCCCGGGUAUAGCCAAGAACCCAAGCAACGCAACAUGUAAGAUCAAGAAGUACAAACAUUGCUACAACUUGGAACAUGUUUGUCCCAAGUUCUGCCCUGACUCUUGCCAUGUCGAAUGUGCUUCUUGCAAACCCAUAUGUGGUCCCCCUUCCCCUGGCGACGAUGGUGGCGGCGAUGACAGUGGUGGUGAUGACGGUGGAUACACUCCACCUCCUACUCCUUCCGUGCCAAGCCCUACUCCACCAGUUUCACCACCGCCUCCAACUCCUACACCGUCUGUGCCAAGUCCCACUCCACCAGUUUCACCACCACCUCCUACUCCUACACCGUCCGUGCCAAGUCCCACCCCACCAGUUUCACCACCACCUCCACCUCCGACACCUUCUGUGCCAAGUCCUACUCCACCAGCUCCUACUGAUCCUAUGCCAAGUCCCCCUCCCCCAGUUUCACCACCGCAUCCAACUCCUACACCGUCUGUUCCAAGUCCUCCUGAUGUUACUCCCACUCCUCCUACGCCAUCUGUUCCAAGUCCUCCUGAUGUUACUCCCACUCCUCCUACGCCAUCUGUUCCAAGUCCUCCUGAUGUUACUCCCACUCCUCCUACGCCAUCCGUGCCAAGUCCUCCUGAUGUUACCCCCACUCCUCCUACUCCAUCUGUACCAAGCCCUCCUAUUGUUACUCCUCCCACUCCCACUCCACCUUCCGUCCCAACUCCUAGCUCUCCUCCUUAUGUUCCUCCGCCAUCAGACGAAGAGGAAGGAGCAGGUGUCAAAAGGUCCAGAUGCAAGAAGCAAGGCUCUCCAUGUUACGGAGUUGAAUACACUUGCCCUGCCGAUUGUCCCCGUUCUUGUCAAGUCGAUUGUGUCACUUGCAAGCCUGUUUGCAAUUGUGACAAGCCAGGAUCUGUUUGCCAAGACCCACGUUUCAUCGGAGGAGAUGGUCUCACCUUUUACUUCCACGGCAAGAAAGACUCCAACUUCUGCCUUAUCUCUGAUCCUAACCUUCACAUCAACGCACAUUUCAUCGGUAAACGUAGAGCUGGUAUGUCACGUGACUUCACAUGGGUCCAAUCCAUUGCCAUACUCUUCGGUACUCACCGUUUAUACGUCGGAGCCCUCAAGACUGCCACGUGGGAUGAUUCUGUCGACCGGAUUGCCGUCUCUUUCGACGGAAAUGUUAUCUCACUUCCUCAGCUAGACGGUGUCAUGUGGACUUCUUCCCCUGGAGUAUACCCUCAUGUCUUUGUCAGGCGAGUCAACGCUGACACUAACAACCUCGAGGUUGAAGUAGAGGGUUUGCUUAAGAUCGUAGCAAGAGUUGUGCCAAUAACAAUGGAAGAUUCAAGAGUCCAUGGCUACGACGUGAAGGAAGACGACUGUCUAGCUCACCUCGACCUAGGCUUCAAGUUCCAUGACCUUAGUGACAAUGUUGAUGGUGUUUUGGGACAGACUUAUAGGUCUAACUACGUUAGCCGAGUUAAGAUCGGAGUCCACAUGCCUGUGAUGGGUGGUGACAGAGAAUUUCAGACCACCGGACUUUUUGCACCUGACUGUUCAGCUGCAAGGUUCACCGGUAACGGAGGCAGCAACGGUGGCCGUAGCAAAUUGGAGCUCCCUGAGAUGAGUUGUGCCAGUGGCGUAGGCAAGGGAGUGGUCUGCAAGAGAUAGACACUCCUGAUUUUAUUACUACUAUAUAAUCUACUAUAUACCAUUAUACGAUUUGGUAAAACUAUAUAUAAUUAUAACUUAAUAAAAUGUGAAACAUGGU